AUAAAAAAUAAAACCAUCACACUUUUGAAGUCUCGAAUCACAUUUUCUCGGCACCACUUUCCCGCAAAAUAGCAGCAAGAAAAUCUCUCUGGCCUCUUGGCGCGUGGAUACCAAUCGCGCGAUUUUCUCUCUUGCCUCCUCGUUCUGGAGGUUAACGACGUCGUUUCGUUUCCGAAAUGGAUGAUGAUGCAAUCUUGAAAGCGAAGAUAGCGGAGGAGAUUAAAAGAACGUUUGGUGUAAAGGAUCUGAAAACAUACGUGAAGUGGUUGAACACGCGUCGUGGUAUCAAGAUUAGGAAACAAGACAUGAACAAAAUAGUCAUGGAUUUCCUCCUCACUGAGGGUUAUGAUGAAGCUGCUGAGAAAUUCCAUCUGGAAACCGGAAUUCAAACUGGCAUAGAUAUUGGAAAUGUCGCUGACCGCAUGGCUGUUAAGACUGCAUUACAAAAUGGUGAUGUUCAGGCUGCAAUCGAAAAACUCAAUGACAUGGAUCCAGAGAUACUGGACACAAGUCCCCAUUUAUUUUUCCGUCUUCAACAGCAUCAGAUGAUAGAGCUCAUUCGGAAUGGAAAAACAGAAGAGGCUUUAAAGUAUGCUCGGGAGGACCUUGCACCAACAGUGGAGAAAAAUCAAAGUUUUUUAGAAGAUAUGGAGAAGACUGUAGCACUUCUUGGCUUUAAAGAUCCCUCUAACUGUCCUUAUGGAGAACUUCUUGACAUAUCACUUCGUUUAAAGUUUGCAAAUAAGGUGAAUGCUGUCAUACUUACAAACCAGCGUUUUGAGCAAGAUUCACAACUUCUAUACUUGUUGAAGAUGCUGAGAUGGGUCAAUAUCCAGCUAGCUGAGGUAACUGAUUAUCCUCUAAUGAGAGAUUUCAUGGGCUCUUAUGGCCGUAAAACUGCUUCUUGAAUGCUUGUGAUCUGAUUUGCAAUUGCAUUUUGGAGAUUCUGGAUGAAGAUAUUGUGGUCAGUGUCCUGAAAAAUGAUCGAUGAACUUCAAUCCAAAUAUGGAAGAUCCAAAUGUUUGUUAAAAUUGGUGUCCAUUUUCUCGUAAACUGCUUUUCUAGUGAUGGUAUAUCAUUGUACAAAAGGAUUGUCAAUAGAUACAUCAUACAUGCAUCAUCUUUUCCUGUUUUGGAGAUGUUAUACCCUUGUACAAAAGGAUUGUCAAUACAUUCAUCAAAUAUUUUCCUGUUUCA